GCGUCUAUCAUCAACAAGAUAAUACGGCCAAGAAAUUAUGGAUUACAUGUUUUAUAAGCGGGAAGAUUUGAAGUUAAAUGAAUUGCCAAACAUCACCAGAUUUUGUUCAGGAAGCAUAGAAAAAUUGGACACAGAAGGUUGGAUUAAACUUGGGGAAUAUAAUGCUGCUAUGAAUAGAAAUACGAACGAAAUUGAAAAGACUCACUCGGAAGAGAACCUUGAUAUUACGAGCGAGUUGAUUAAUAUACAAUACUUCCUCUUUGACCUAAAGGAUGUUUUCCCGAAGUUAACAACCUUGACAGUACAUGAGCGUGAUCGUCUAAGCUUCUUGUUCACAAUUUCUAUGGCCAAAAGUCUCGUGGAACUCAAACAUCUCGAGAUAUCCACAUGUGAAAUCAUAGAAGAGAUUGUUUCAUCAACAAGUGAAUACUGUCAAGAAAAUAUGGAGAACAUGUUUCCUAAGCUGGAAGAAUUGAAGCUAAAUAAACUUCCAAACCUCACCAGAUUUUGCUCAGGAAGUUAUAUUCAACUUUUGUCCUUAGAAAAGUUGGAUAUACAAGGCUGUACCAAACUGGGCGCAUUCAUUUCUGAUAAUAUUGCUAUGAGUGGUAAAAAUACUAGAAUCUACAAAGAAAUUGAAGAGAAGGACUCCGAAGGGAACAACACGUUGAAUACUGUACAAUACUUCCUCUAUGACGAAAAGAUGGGUUUGCCUAACUUGAAAAGCUUGGUGGUUCACCGAUGUGAUGGUUUACGUUUCUUAUCAUCCAUGGCAAGAAGUCUUGUACAACUCAAACAUCUUGAGAUAUCUGAAUUUCAAAUCAUGGAAGUAGUAUUGACCGAAGUAUACAGUGAAGAGAACAAGGAUAACAUGUUUCCUAAGUUAGAACAAUUGAAGCUAAAUGAUCUUCCUUUUCUCGAUAGAUUCUGCUCUGGAAGUUAUGUUGAAUUUGCAUCUUUGGAGGGAUUGCAUUUAGAGCAGUGUACUAAAUUGGAGACAUUUAUCUGUAAUCCCUUGAGUAACAGUAUUGCAAGCUCCAAAGAAGUAGAAGAAAGGAACAGGGAUCAGAACAUUGAGACAGUUGUACCAUGCCUUCUCUUUGACAAAAAGGUAGGGUUCCCAAAGUUAGAGAGAUUGACCAUCAUUGGCCUACCUAAGCUUAAAACAAUUUGGCACACCCAACUUGCUCCAGACUCUUUUUGCGGACUCCGGGACGUUACAGUUCAACACUGCAAUAGUCUUAAAUACAUUUUUCCAGGCUCAUUGAUAGCCGAUGUUUUUAAUCAGCGGCUACAAAAUUUGACAGUGGAGGAAUGUGGAGUGGAGGAAAUAAUUUCCCAGGGAGGGGGACUGGAAGAUCAGUUUGUCUUCCCAAACCUAAUAAGUUUGGAAUUUAAAAGUCUAUUCCAACUUAAGAGAUUCUAUCCAAGGAUGCUUGCUUUCAGUUGGCCACUACUCAAGACAUUAGUGUUGCUUGAUUGUCCGAAAGUGGAUAUUUUUGCAGCCGAAUUUGCAGGCCUUCAGAAAACACAUGACUUGCGCAGUUUGGAUACACCUGCAGCUAAACUGCUCACUCCGACUAAACAAUCUUCUAUUCUAAUUAACGAGAAUUCAUUCCCCAAACUGGAAGAUUUGACCCUUGUCCCCAUGGAUAUUUGGUACGGUCGACCCAUCUCAGCAGUGUGCUGUGAGAAAGCUGUUUUCGCUGGAAUCAGUAAUAGACACAGAGAUGGGUCCCUCCCACAUUUAAGAACGUUGAGGCUGCAUGGAAUGGACAUGCGUCUCUGGAAGAAAACCAAACCUGCUGGCCAAAAUUCUCCACGGUUGGAAAUUCUAGAGGUGAAGUUUUGUAGAUUGAAUAAUCUAGAGUUGUCUUCAUUAUCCUUCCAGAAUCUAACAAUUUUAGAAGUAACAUUUUGCUGGCGAUUGCAAUAUUUGACAACUUAUUCGGUAGCUCGAGGUUUAAGGCAACUAAAAAAACUGAAAGUUGAUGAAUGUAAAAGUAUGAAACAAAUAUUGGCAAGUGAAGGAAUUGGGGAAGAUGACAGUAAUUGUGAGAUUGUUUUCAGCAAGUUGCAACAUUUGGAACUCAGUGAUUUAACAAGUUUGGAACGCUUUUGCUCAAGAAAUUGCACUGUGAAGGUCCCAACCUUGGAAACUGUAGAGGUAAAUUGGUGCUCGAUCAAGUUGAAGGUUUCUUCUUCUGGCAUACUAGUAGUAGAUUCCAAUAUGCAUCUGGAUGUACAAAAGUCACAUUCUAGUAAAGAGGCUUUCAAUACCACUGAGUCUACUUGUAGCUCGGAAAAAACUCAGAAACAACCUGUCACAAACUCCUCUGAAGAAGCUGAACAUAUUGAGUUUAAUGCACGGGAACUCCAUGAUGAUAGCCUUAUUGAACGUUUGAAGGAAGAAUUCAGGGCCAGUAAAGCAGACAUCAGACGUUUGGAGGAAGAAUUAAGGGCCGAAAAAGCAGAGAGGAGAGAUCAUAGUGCACUUCUGUAAGCAAACUCUCCAGAUCAUAGUGCAGCCCUUGUUGACUGCAGCAGACCAAGGUUUGGGGAAUGGCAAAGUUGAAUUCUUGUAUAGCAUUGAACCUCCGUUAGUUGUUGGCCUUAAACUUUUUAGCUCCUUUUUGCUGUCCGUUAUUUAUGGUGCCCUUGAUUAGAUAAUAACCUUGUAUCCGAUAUGCAUCAUCUGUCAUGUGUGACUAUUCCUUUUGGUUUGCGUUGUUGCUCUUUUCCUCUAUGCAAAUGCCUUUUAUGCUGUAUGCAUUGUACUGCUUUUACUGCAUCUGUUAAUGUGUUGUAGUUAUGGUUCUGAGUUUGGUGCUAUUCCCGGGUAGCCAGUUAUCUGGUGGUUAUGUGUAUUGUGUACGAAGUGAGUACUCUUUCUCCUGUGUUA